AUGGAAGAAAACGGACGUAUUCAUUCAGAAAUGGACUUUUGCGGAAAUGACCCACCUAUAUCUACGGAUCCGUUUAGGGAUCACGUGAUCGGUGAUCGACAACAGGCCGUAAUCAACGAGCUCCGGACAGACAUGUGCCGAGAAGACAAGGCGUAUCUGAGUACUCACAGAGAGGUGGAAGCAGUGGCCGUGCUAUUGUUGCGGGAAAUAUUGAAGAAGAAGCCUAGGGAUCCGUUUGCGUUGGCCGCCCGGCUGUUGAAGGAUCCGUCUGUGGCCAAACGUAUUGGCGACUACCGGCGGUCAUCAGGAACUAUCGAAGCUGAUUUGCUCGACCAGGACGAUAGGUUUUACGCUUUGGACGAAGACAAAUUGUGCGGCACUCAAGUAUCGACCUACGACGACUUGGAUUCAACAAAAUUUGUUCGUCGGUUAAUCGAACAACGCAUAACCGUGCCAGAAAGUCCACACGAUUAUGUCCAACAGUAUAACAGUUCUUCUAUUGAAGAUUUCGAAGGAGAAGUCACGUGGGAAGAAGACGUUUUCGAAUAG